CCGCCAAAAAAACCUCUAAAGCAGGACCCAGCCCUCUCCCUCCUCCAACUCUCCCACCACCUCAGAGAAGCCACCCAAAUCCACGCCCUCCUCAUCAAAACCUCCCGCUCCUCCGACCCUUACUUCGCCGGCCGCCUCUCCGAAUUCUACGCACUCUCCCCCCACGGGGCCAACCUCCCCUUCGCCGAAAGAAUCCUCCACUCCCUCCCUCAACCCCACCCCCUCUUCAUCUACAACACCCUCAUGCGGGCCCACCUCAACCUGCAAGACCCCGGCAAGGCCCUCCAGCUCUUCGGACAAACCCUAACCCUUUCCCUGCCCCCCGACCACUUCACGUUCACCUUCGCCCUCAAAGCCUGCACCGGGUUGUCGCACGACGGCGCGCUCAUCGCUGGCACGCAGCUACAUUGCUUUGUGAUCAAGCUCGGCCUGGAGUCGAACCCUCAUAUUCGUAACAAGCUGAUUCACCUGUACGCGAUCUGCGGACGAGUUGGAGAUGCACGCAAGGUGUUCGAUGGGAGCUCCGUAAGGGAUGUUGUCGCCUGGAAUAGCAUGUUGCAGGCUUAUGCUGAUGGCAAGGAUGGAGAUGGUCUUCGGGAGCUCUUUUGCCGAAUGCCGGAUCGAGAUGUGGUUUCUUGGAAUACCGUGAUUGGGUUCUACAUAGAAAUUGGUGAAUUUGACGAGGCGAUAAUGGUGUUCAGAUCUAUGUUAGAGACCAAAGGGUGUUUCCCUAAUAGAGUUACGAUGAUUACUGUUCUUUCAGCUGUUUGUCAAUCGGGUGCAUUAGGCCAAGGAAAGUGGAUUCAUGCUUAUGUUCACCGUCGUGGGAUUGAGCUUGAUGAGAACCUUAGCUCGGCGUUGAUCAACAUGUACUCAAAAUGCGGAUGCGUUGAAUUUGCGGUGGACACUUUUGAGGCAACGAUUCAUAGGAGUGUUGAUACUUGGAAUGCGAUGAUUGCUGGGUUCACUGCAAAUGGCCUGAGCUCCAGGGCAAUCAAUCUCUUCCAUAAAAUGGAAAGCUUAGGAGUCAUCCCUAAUUUUAUAACAUUUGCUUGCGUUCUAAAUGCUUGUAGCCAUGGGGGGCUGAUUAAACAAGGCAAAGACCUCUUCGAGAAGAUGAAAGAUGUUUAUAACAUCGAGCCUGAUAUUGGGCAUUAUGGAUGCAUGGUUGAUCUCUUUAGUCGUGCGGGGCUAUUCGAUGAGGCCGAGAGAACGAUUGAUAAAAUGCCAGUGAAACCUGAUGCUGUCAUGUGGAAAGCAUUGGUUGGGGCUUGCAGAAUUCACCACAACUUUGAAUUGGGUGUGAAAGCUGGGCACAAGCUCAUUGAAGUUGCGCCGGAUGAUCAUGCGAGUUACGUAUUGAUGUCUAAUAUUUAUGCGAUGAAGAAUGAUUGGAAUGGCGUUUGUAGAGUGAGGACAAUGAUGGCUGAGAGAGGAGUAAAGAAAGUGCCUGGAUGUAGCUCGAUCGAAUUGGAUGGCGUCGUUCAUGAGUUCAUUGCCGGAGAUGGUAAGAAUGCGAGGAAGAAGGAGAUUUAUGAGAUGUUGGAGGAGAUGAGUGAGAGAUUGAGGGGUGCAGGUUACGAGCCGGAUACAAAAGAAGUGCUUUUGGAUAUAGAGGAUGAAGAAGUGAAGGAGAGCUCGUUGUCGCAUCAUAGUGAGAAAUUGGCGAUAGCUUUCGGGCUAAUAAGGACGGGUCCGGGCACAACCAUCAGAGUUGUGAAGAACCUCAGGAUAUGCGGGGAUUGUCAUAAUGCAAUAAAGAUGUUAAGCGAAAUUUAUGGUCGAGAUAUAGUGGUUAGAGAUUCAAAUCGAUUUCAUCAAUUUAGUAAAGGUUCGUGUUCCUGUCAGGAUUAUUGGUAGCAACUUUGUACUAACUAUAAACUAUGUCAGGAUUAUUAGUAGCAACUUUGUACUAAUCAUAAACCAUGUCGUCAUUUA